CGGUGCAGAUGAACCGCAAGUUAUGUGUAAGACCUCCGACGUGACUGAAUUUAUCCAACAGUAUCACCCACAAGCUAGACUAAUAGAAGAAGUAGGAACAGAGAUGCACUUCAAAUUGCCAAAGAUAUCUACAGAAAAUACAUCCUGGGCUCAAUUCUUUGACGAACUAGACAGACGUCAAGAACAGCUACAUGUAUCGAGUUAUGGUGUAUCUGAUACAACCCUAGAAGAGGUGUUCCUAAAAGUAACAACAUUAGUUGAUAAUGGACAGGAAAUAAACAGUAGAACUCUACAAGAUGAUUUCACAGGAAAACGACUUCGAUCUGGUACAGAAUCAACAGAUAGUGAAACAGCAUCACAAGGCAGCGCAGUAGAAUCAUUCCAUCCAAUGACAUUAGAAGAUUCCACUCUGUUGUCAAUGGGUAAAAAUCAACUGAAAUCUGGCUUUUCAUUAAGCAUGCAACAAUAUGGAGCUCUAUUGGUAAAACGAUUUCAUCAUUGUCGACGUGAUUGGAGAAUGAUUGUAUCAGCUUUGAUAUUACCUGUUCUGUUUUUCCUGGCUGGUGUUGGAUUCUCUGCCAUGAAACCUGAUAAUCAUAACAUGCCAAGUAGAAUAAUGACUCCAGCUUUAUAUGGUCCUGAUACCCACAUGUUCUUAAAAGACAGUAUUCAAAAUGCAUUCAGUGAGAAAUUAACAAGAACUCUGAUAGAAUCACCAGGAGUUGGUACUACAUGUAUGAAUGGUUUCAGACCCAAGGAGUUUACAUGUUUAUCCCCUGAUGAAUUAAAUCAUGUGUUUGUUUCGUCUAAUGAUACAUUACCAUCGUGUAAAUGUGAGAACUUUAAACAGAUAUGUGAUGGUAAAACGGACGUUCUUCCACCUGGUGAAUUGACAAUGCAGACAUCUGAUGUGCUACAGAAACUUGAUGGUUAUAACGUCAAUAAUUAUCUACUCAACUCCUUCCAUGAAUUUGUUGAAAAACGAUAUGGAGGUUGGACAUUGGACAAAUCUAAUGAAGGUGAUACAACUGUAACAGUAUGGUUUAAUAACAAAGGAUAUCAUGCCAUGCCAUCAUUUAGAAACGCCUACAGUAAUAUGCUACUCAGAUCUAAAAUAUCUGGAAAUAAAGCAGACUAUGGAAUUACCUUAUACAAUCACCCACUACCAUUAACAACUGCUCCACUUACUGCGGAAUCUAUGGCUGCGAAUGCUGCUGAUAGUGGAAUAGCUAUAGUAGUUUUAAUGGCCUUCUCCUUUAUACCAAGUGCUUUAAUCUUGUUAUCUAUUGCCGAGAGAUUAAACAGCGAGAAACAGAUACAGUCAAUUAGUGGUGUGGGACCAUGCGUUUAUUGGUUAGCUGCUUUUACAUGGGAUAUGUUUAUCUAUAUGAUAUCUGUUGGUUUGGCUGUAGCCAUUGUUGCUAUAAUACAUCACGCAACCGAACAUCCAGAUGCCUUGUAUAUCAGAAGUAACCUUGGUGCUUUUGCAGUUCUACUCUCUUUAUUCGGAUGGGCUAUAAUACCAAUAAUGUAUUCAACAUUACGAUUAUUUAAGAGUGGAUCCGCAGCAUAUCUUGUGUUAUUCUGUAUUAACAUGUUUAUAGGAACAAUAACAGUUGUAACCGUUCUUUGUCUCUUCCUCUUCAAGGACCAAUAUGCAGUUGAACGGGCACUUGAGGUAGUGAAACAUGUAUUCCUGAUCUUCCCACAAUAUUGUUUAUGUCAAGGUCUCAUUGAUCUAACUACCAAUACCGUCAAGUAUAAUAUCUUCUUACGAUUUGGUGAUGAUGUUUAUAAAGACCCAUUUAGUUUGGAAAUGCUAGGGUAUAAUAUGAUUGCUCUCGCUCUGCAAGGAAUCGUCUUCUUCAUACUGACAUUGGUCAUUGAAAUCAAACGCAACACAUCAGACAGAGUACCACGUAGUAUGUUAUCAGAUUAUACUAAAGAAGAAGAUGUUGACAUGGAAGCUAGAAGAAUACAACAAGAACAUGAUGAUGUCCUAGUAGUUAAUAAACUAUCCAAGGUAUUCAGAAGUGGAUUCAGAAAGAUUCUAGCUGUUGACAAUGUCAGUUUUGGUGUACACAGAGGAGAGUGUUUUGGUUUAUUGGGUAUAAAUGGAGCAGGUAAAACCACGACAUUCCGUAUGUUAACAGGUGAUCUAAAUCCAUCUAAAGGUUUCGCAUUACUCAACGGAGAAAGUUUAUGUGGAAGUAAUAGUAAAGAUAGUGUUAAACGUGAUAUUGGUUAUUGUCCACAAUAUGGUGGUUUAGAUGAUUACCUUACUGCUGAAGAACUUCUAUUAUGUUACGCUAGACUUAAAGGUUUAUCAGGACAGUUGGCUAGUAAUGCUGUGAAGGAUUUGAUAUCAAGAUUAGGUUUACGAGAAUAUUGCAAUAAACCUAUCAAAACUUGCAGUGGUGGAACUAAACGUAAAGUAUCACUAGCUGUAGCUAUGAUUGGUGAGCCGGACAUACUCGUGUUGGAUGAACCUACUACUGGUAUGGAUCCUGCUACUCGACGUUUGGCAUGGAAGACAAUAUCCAAGGCAACCAGAUCAGGACAAGCUGUUGUUCUUACAUCACACAGUAUGGAUGAAUGUGAUCAUCUGUGUGCACGGUUAGCUAUCAUGGUUAACGGUCAAUUAAAAUGUCUAGGAAGUCCACAACAUUUGAAAAACAAGUUUGGUGAUGGUUAUAUUGUAACGAUACGUUUUUCGAGUCUGUCAAGCAACAAGCGAGCUCUAGAAGGAGAAUUUAUUUCAAGAUUCCCCAACACUGUUGUAAAGGUUGGAUCACCUAGAGAAUUUUGA